UCUGCAUCUAAAUGCCUUAUCAUUUCUUCCGUUUCUAUUCUUUUCACAUCUUCUCCUCUUUUUGGCACCUAAAGUCGCUCGCAUCGCCUAGCUUACCUACACUGUGAUUUUUAGAGUCCUCAUCAUCAACUCACAGCUUCCUGAUAACGACGAGUUGCUACUUUUGGAACUACAUCGAAGAAUUAUUCAAUUCAGAAAAUUGGAGUUUGCUGACAAGUCAUUCCUUUUUUUUCCCUACUUGCGAACAUGUCUCUUAGCAUCGAUAUUCGGAGCAGUCAGACGCGUACGGAGCUCGCAUCAAAUACCGAUAGCGUCAAAACGACGGUAGAUCAAAAAGAACCCUCAAAUAUCCAAUCCGUCGACCACACAAUAAUCAAGGAAUGGAAAAAGCGCCGAAAAGACGAGGGGCCUUCCAAAAUCCGGUUGCAUGAUCAAGCUUACGAUCUCUUCAAAUACCUUAGAACGGCUUUGGAAGCUGCAGCUAGACAUGAAGAGUUACCAAGGGUCAUUUCAGAGAUCAAAAUUUUCUUAAAAGACGAAAAAAAAACACAUGAAAUAGAUGAUUGUAUACGUUGGUUGGUCCUCGACAGGGCUGUGCAGCAAUGUGAACUGGGCGCCGAUGAUUGUGGUUUCUCAGCAGUUCGGACAGAAGCUGCAAAAGAGGAUAUCGGUAAUGAAAAAAAUAUCUGCAUUAUUAUUAUUCGAAUCAUCAUUGAAGUUUCGCCGCAUCUGUCGUUCAUCAAUCUUUACACUCCUCAUACGACUUCUAAGCAGUUUCCAGUUUCGGAAUGGAAACCUCUCACGAGAAAUUGUCAUUUUGACAAAGUUCAUUCACGCAGUGAAAAGGGCAAUUCUAAAAGCACUCCUCUACAUAUAGCUGCUGCAAAUGGUAACGGCAAGGCAAUAAAGCAUAUGAUUCAUGAAGGACGACAUUUCCAGCCUGAUAUAUUACUUCAUAUUUUGAAACUGAAAAACCCAGAUUCAACAUCUGAAAAGACUCCUCUGUCUCUUGCUGCUACUGCUCAAGCCGGAGAUCUAGGAGGCCUGCAUGCACUUUUGGGAUUCAAUACUGGUAUAGCAGAUAAGCCAGAUACAACAUUCACAGAUGCCUUGAAAAAAGGCAGAGGAAAUGUCGUAGAAGUAUUCCUGCAACAACCUGAACGCAGAAAGAAAUUCGCCAACACCAACAAUAUUCUCUCAGCAAUUCAGCCUCUAGAGAAUAUUGACAAAAUCACGAAUCAAGACACGGAUGAAGACGCAAAUCAAGAUACAAGGUCCACGGAAAGGCGUACAAAACAAGUGGAUGUCAUCAAUACUCUGAUCAAAGCCGCUGAUCCGCAGAGUAGAACUAAUGAGAAAGUUGUGGAGAAAAUAAUUCAGCUCGAUCUAGAGGAAGUCUGGAGCAAGAAUGAAUCCAUUUUCAAGUCUGACACAUCUGGGCUCCUUCAUCUUGCUGUCCAGCACCAAAAAAUUGGAUUUGUGAAGAAAUUUUUGCAAUACGAUGAUGAGUCGAUCACUACUCGAAGCCAUAAUCACUAUCCACUCUGGCAUAAUAACAAUAUUAUGGAGAAUUCUAUGUCUAUUCGUCGGGUUUUGAAAGAUGAAGCAAGCAAAGUCACUCAAAGAGAAAUUCGCGAUCUCAUAGUCGCAGCGACGAUUAAGAGCAAAAGAGUAAAUAAAAUGCAAGACCUGCUUGAGAUUUUCCAGCUGUCUGACGUCAAUGAACUGUGUUUUGAUCUCUCACGGUUUAAUUCCAAGGCUUACAGCGUAUCGGACUUUGUUCGUUCGCUCAUCCGUCAUCAAGACUAUGCAAAUCUACUGUCUUAUGAAGAGACGCUUAAAUAUGCUGCGUUUCCGGCCCUGGAUCUCCAAGUCGACAAGAGAGAGAGAUUUGGCGAUAACAUUCAAUUCGAACAUAGUGAAAUCUUCGACGUUCUCGAUUGGCUAAAAAAGGAAAAGAAAGUUACCGAUAUUAUCGAACUGACAGUUUUAGAUAGGCUUGUGAAUCCUCAUGAUGAGGUCAGUAUAGGCAUAUAUGUUAAAAAGUUUAAUGUGGAAGUUCUCAACUGGAGAAUACUGGACCUCUCUAUAUCGGUUUUCAAAAAUUCGGAACCCAGUGAAAAUAAUGCACUGCAACAAAUCAGAGAACUUCAUCUUUAUACCAGCGGCAAACGAGCAGUAAUCAGUCAUUGGUUAAGCGAAGAUGGGAUUUGCUCACUUACGAAUCUUACAACGCUUGAAAUAUAUGUUAUACAGGAAUUGGCGACUCGAGAUAGAUGCCGCGCCAUCGUCGCUUUUAUCGAAAGCGAAUUUAGCAGACUGAGCGAAGAAAUAAACGAGAAACGAGAAAAACUGCGCUUGGAGAAUACUCAGAACACUUCGAAUUCCCAGGACACUCAAGAUGCCGAUGACAUUUGGAAGCUCACAGUCGGUGUCAGUAUCCGGCCGUGGAAUCCAACAGAGGAAAGAGAAGCCGAUUUGGGAGAGAUAGCUGAACGUGCUGUGCCGAAGCUAUCUCGUUUUAUCAAAGGUUACCGAACCUAUGUGCGUGAUAUUACUAAAGAAGACCAAACCCAUGCGCGCGACAUUACUAAAGAAGACCAAACCCAUGCGCCUGAUAUUAAUAAAGAAGGCUCUGCAAAAUUCCGCCCAAUCCGAGUUGCUGUGAUCGAUAAUGGGAUUUUAAGCAUUUCUCCAUCAGUUGAAGCCCCUUCAGUUGCCUCAAAGGCUAUUAAUGUUUCUGAAUACUCAUCUGCUCUUAAUGUUUCGGAUUCUUCUUAUAAAAAGAACACUACUUCAAAUGGAUACCGGAUUGAGAAAGACGGCGAAUACAAGACUUUGUGGUCACGCAUCAAGAAAGGCCGAUCUUUCGUGGAUGACGAAUCUCGCGUUAGUUCUUGGCUGUUUGCGUCUGACCCACAUGGCACCCAGAUGGCAAAUCUAAUAUGUGCCAUUGAUCCUUGUUGUGAUCUUUACGUGGCCAAGGUCGCUGAAGGGAGAUCUGGAAUCAUCCCAGCGCGAGUUGAACGAGCUGUUAGGUGGGCAAUAAGCCAAGAUGUCGAUAUCAUUUCCAUGAGUUUUGCCAUUUUAGAGGGAACAAUUGGUUUAUCCAAUGCUUGCGCCGACGCCAUAAACAAAGGUAUUAUUAUACUCUGUAGCACCCCUGACGAAGGCUUAAACACCGAGAAGAGCUGUAUAUCAGGCUACAGUGAUACGAUAACCAUCACAGCUUGUGAUGAAUUUGGGAUAGUGAGUCCAAAUGCGCCGUCAUACUUUCAGUAUGCAAUUCGAGGUAUCGACGUGGCUGCGGGCACGGUCCCUUUUCUUGAGUCAAAGGAUUACAUAUCAGGAAGCUCAGUUUCCACAGCUAUCGCCGCGGGAUUGAGCUCACUAAUUUUAGCCUGUGAUCGACUGGCUAAGGAACGCAAAAAUUAUGAACGAGGUGACAGAGCUAGAAUUGUUAAACAUCAUUUUGGGAAAAUGGUUGCAUCAAACAAGAAAUACAUCAUGUUGGAAAGGUUUGCAGAGAUUGACAAGAAGAUAAAGGAUGGCAGAUAUAUCAACGCCAAAGACAUCAUAGAAGGAUUUUUUUUGGGAGAGAAGUAUGCGGAAUAAGUAAGAGCGCGAUUUUUAAAUAAUUUUAUGUGUUAGGUAUCUCCAAACUCAAACUUCCAUGUUAGUAUAAUUUUCCCUGUGAAUACUCGC